AUGGUCAAGGUACGAUACAGUGCUUACUACCCAUCCCGUCUAUGGCUGGAUCCGCUGACAGCCGCCGCCCCGCCUCGCUGGCUCGCAUUCGAUCGCCCCACAUGACCACGUUGCAACUUUCUCCUGCCUCUCACCAAUGCUCGCUUUAACAGGUCUUGGCAAUCCUCUACGACGGUGGCGAGCACGCCAGGUGAGUCUUCACAAGUACUGUCUGUCUUUGCACCCUUGAGAUGCAAUCCCUGACAUGACAUAGCCCCCUACUCCGAAUCACGCUACGCCACACUCCCGAUCCCGCUUCCCCACAUCGGAUCGACUCUUUUGCCGCGAAUCGCGUCCCUCCCUACCUACCCUCGCCUGAUCCAGGGAACAACCCCGACUUCUCGGCACGACCGAGAACGCCCUCGGACUUCGCGACUACUGCAAGGAACAAGGGUGGGAAUACGUCAUCUCUUCUUCCAAGGUACGUGCUGUUCAUUUCCGUCAUUUCGUGGGGUCAUCAUUCGAGGCGCUUCUAGCGAAGUUGGGGGAGGAGGCGGUCUUCUUUCUUCGCGCUAGCUGGGCUGACCACCUCUCGAUCGUGUUUCGUUUCGGAUGUUAACAGGAGGGAGCCGACAGUGAUUUCCAAAAGCACAUCAAGGAUGCCGAUGUCCUGAUGUAAGACCUCAAAAUGUUUCAUGCAUAGUUCGAAGUGUGACAGGGGCUGAACUUCCGUCAUCUUCGGACAGCACGACCCCUUUCCACCCGGGAUACCUCACCGCCGAUCUCAUCAAGACGGCCAAGAACCUCAAGGUGUGUGUGAUACAGCCAUCCAUGAAGUUCAAGCAAUGGGGAACCUGAUUCUCGUGGGGUUAUCAUCUGAUGAUACACACAGCUCUGCGUGACUGCUGGUGUCGGUUCGGACCACAUUGACCUCAACGCCGCCAACGAGCGCAAAAUCUCUGUGCUCGAAGUGACCGGUUCCAACGUGGUCUCGGUCGCCGAACAUGUGGUCAUGUCCAUCCUCUUGCUCGUGCGCAACUUUGUCCCCGCGCACGAGCAAAUCAUGGCCGGUGAUUGGAACGUCGCCGCGAUCGCCAAGAACGCCUACGAUCUCGAGAACAAGGUCAUCGGUACCCUCGGCGCAGGUCGUAUCGGUUACCGUGUCUUGGAACGUCUCGUCGCUUUCGACCCCAAGGAAUUGAUCUACUACGAUUACCAGGCCUUGCCCGAGGAUGCGGCCAAGAAGGUCAACGCUCGUCGCGUCGAAGACCUCAAGGAGUUCUUGGGCCAGGUCGACAUCUUGACCGUCAACUGCCCCUUGCACGAAACGACGCGUGGGAUCAUCAAGUGGGUCAUCGUUGACGUGUAGGGCACAUUUUCUCGCCUUUCAUGAGCUGAUAUCCAUAAAACUUCCACAGCAAGGAGACUUUGUCCUACCUCAAGAAGGGCGCAUGGAUCGUCAACACCGUGAGUCAAUGGCCCCUCGUCUCCCAGUUGACGCACGACGACUACAACCGCUCACACAUCAUCUCCUAUACUUGAGCUACUCUCAUAGGCCCGUGGAGCUCUUUGCGUAGCCGAAGACAUCGCCGAGGCGCUCGAGAGUGGUCACAUUGCCGGAUACGCUGGUGACGUGUGGAACCAACAGCCCGCGCCCAAGGAUCACCCCUGGCGCACGAUGAAGGGUCCCAGUGGGAACGGGAAUGGAAUGUAAGCGCGACGACGCGUGUGCGAGUGGUAAAUCAGGGAUUGGAAACUGAUUAGUAGAAACGUUACCCUCACAGGGUCGCUCAUUACUCUGGAACGACGCUCGAUGCCCAAGAGAGGUGAGUGCUGCGCAAACCAUCUCCGCAUCUCGGUCCGGAUCGUUGACCUGUCCACUUGUUUCCUGUUUCUCGUCGUCUAGGUACGCUUCGGGAACGAAGAAGAUCUUGGAAAACUGGAGAACGGGCAAGGCGCAGACCCCUUCGGACGUGAUCGUUUCCGAUGGAGAAUAUCAGACCAAGGCUUACGGUCAACGUGCCAAGUAA